AUGAUUAACUCUGAAGUUUGUAAAUUAUCUAAUAAUGCUCAUAGAAUCAAUGAUUCAAGCCUUAAUAAACUUAUUAAUGCACUUAAUAAUAUGCACCAUCUUUCUAAUUCAAUAAAAGUUAAUAAAUUUCUUAUAAUAAGUAAGAAGAAUCAUGUUUAUAAGGUUUCUUCAAAUGAUCAGAUUAUUAAAAAAUUUGCAUAUAUAUUUAGAAGAGAUAAGAAUGUUGAAACUAUAGGUAAUAAAGACAUUAAGGUCAUUGAUAAUAAAAAGAAUGAUAGUAUUGAAAUUGCAAUUAUUAGUAGUAGUUUUGCAUUAAGUAAUCUAAAAAGUGUUUGA